GCUCAAUAGGCUAACUGUUUUUCGUUUUCAGUUUCAUAAUUACUGCAACCCCAGCCCACACUCUUAAUACGCUCCUGCAUGGAAGAGUCAACGGAGAUUUCCACUUGUUCCUCUUGGUAAACUAACACCGGCUCAACACACAGGACCUGCAUCUAACGGAGCGACCGGCUGAACAUGGCACUGACGCUGGAGCUGUUUGCGAGUUGUUUGUUGUUCCUUCUCACCGCGGGUGCGGAAGGGAAGCGUGGCAGAGAGAGAGUUUACUAUGUGGGGAUCAUUGAGGACUCUUGGGAUUACGCACCGAGUGGAAAAAACCUGCUUAACGGACAAGACGUCGAAAAUGAUGAGCAUGCAUCUGUGUUCCUGGAAAGAGGACCCCACAGUAUUGGCAGUGUUUAUAAGAAAGCCAUGUUCCGACAGUAUACAGAUGCCAAGUACAAUGUCCUGUCCCCCCGACCCGCCUGGUUGGGCUUCCUGGGGCCCAUACUGCGAGCUGAGGUUGAUGAAGUUAUUGUGGUCCACCUGAAGAACUUUGCAACCAGGAGCUACUCUAUGCAUCCUCAUGGAGUUUUCUAUGAGAAGAAUACAGAGGGGGCGCUCUAUCCAGAUGGGACAUCACCCAAGCUCAAGGAGGACGACUCUGUUCCUCCGGGAGGCAGCUACACCUACCGCUGGGAGGUCAGACCAGACUUUGCGCCAACAGAUGACGAUGCCAACUGCCUGACCUGGGUCUACCACUCUCACGUUGAUGCCCCCAUGGACAUCGCCUCAGGACUUAUCGGGGCUCUGCUCACCUGCAAGAAAGGAAUUUUAAAGGAGACGAACGCUCCCGUUCAGGGUCAGACAAAGCCAGAGUCUGUUGUAGAGUCAGCCCGACAUGAUGUGGAUCAGGAUGUCUUCCUGAUGUUUAAUGUGGUGGACGAAAACCUGAGUUGGUACCUGAAGGACAACAUUCAGAAAUGCUCCGAUCCAGCUGGAGUCAACCAAGAAGACCCCGACUUUGAAGAGUCAAACCUGAUGCACGCUAUUAAUGGGUACAUGUUUGGUAACCUGCCCGGAAUCAAGUUAUGCCAGCACCGUGCAGUGGCCUGGCAUUUGUUUGGCAUGGGUAACGAGGUGGACAUUCAUUCUGCCUUUUUCCAUGGGAAUACACUGCUGGACCGUGGCCACCGCACCGACGUCCUCAGUCUGUUCCCAGCCACGUUUGCUACAGCUGAGAUGGUCCCAAAAGCCACAGGAAAGUGGUUGCUGACAUGCCAGGUUAAUGACCAUCUGCAGGCUGGGAUGCAGGCCUUUUAUGAAGUGAAGUCAUGUGGCAGUGAAAGCGGCCCGACAGUGCUGGGCGGUGUUGUGAGGAAUUACUACCUGGCAGCAAAGAAAGUCCAGUGGAGCUAUGGUCCCUCAGGAAGGGAUCUGAUUAAUGAUGUAUCCCUCAUUGAGGCCGACAGUGCAUCAGAGAUGUUUUUUGGCCAUGAUGGUGGAAGAAUCGGAGGUGACUACUUGAAAGUGAUAUACGAAGAGUACACGGACAAUACCUUCACCACCACAAAGCCACCAACACCUGCUUCUCAACACUUGGGAAUCUUAGGUCCAGUCCUGAGGGCAGAGGAAGGAGACACUCUCAAAGUGACAUUCAUGAAUAAAGCUGAUAGAAACUACAGCAUCCAGCCUCAUGGCCUGCACUAUGAUAAACACUUCCAGGGAAGCAGCUAUGAAGAUGGUGCUGACAAGCCAGGCUCUCACGUCUCUCCAGGGGAGAACUUCACCUACACCUGGCAGGUGCUGGAAGGUCCAUCUCCAUCUGAUUCUCCCUGUAUCCCCUACCUGUACUACUCUGCCACUGAUCCCGUCAAGGACACCAGCUCUGGAUUAGUGGGACCUCUGCUCGUGUGCAAGAAGGGAGCGCUGAGGGAGAACGGAACGCAGAAGGGUCUGGAUAAGGAGUUCUUCCUACUGUUCUCUGUCAUGGAUGAAAACAUGAGCUGGUAUCUGGAGGAGAAUAUCGAGAAGUUUAGCAACACAGCACGUGAAGACGAGGACUUCGAGGAGAGCAAUUUGAUGCAUGCUGUAAACGGACGCAUGUAUGGGAACCUUCAGGGACUGGAGAUGUGUGCCGGGGACAAAGUUGGGUGGUACACCUUUGGUCUUGGUACAGAGGUCGACAUCCAUGGUGUUUAUUUCGAGGGGAACACUUUCAAUAAGCAGAGCACAACGCGUGACACUGUCAGCCUGUUCCCUCACACCACUGCUACCGCCACCAUGCAGCCAAACACUCCCGGCGUGUAUGAGGUGAGCUGCAGAGUAACAGACCACUUCUCAGCCGGCAUGAGGCAGCAGUACAGAGUGAACCUCUGCCCGCGACACAAAUUAAAGCACACACACAAAGAAGGGCCAACCAAGAUUGUGCAGUAUUUUAUUAGUGCUGAAGAAAUAGAGUGGGACUUCUCACCAAAGAGAGACUGGGAACUGGAGAAACACCACGCCACAUCAGAGGACAGUCCAGGCAGUAUAUUUGUGGUGAAAGGGAAAGGCAGGAUCGGCUCACGCUACAAGAAGGUGGUGUAUAGAGAAUACACCGAUGACACCUUCAGAGUUCAGAAGAAACGACAGCCCAACCAACAACACUUGGGAAUUAUGGGUCCAAUAAUCAAAGCAGAGGUAGGAGAGCAGAUUGUGAUCACGUUCAAGAACAAAGCCAGCCGGCGCUACUCGAUUAGCGCACAUGGAGUGAGGGCCAGCGGCGCACACAUUCCUGUCGAACCUGGCCACAUAAUGGAGCUGACGUGGGAUGUUCCUAUAAGCUCCGGUCCAGGGGUCUCAGAUCCUACCUGCAUCUCUUACGCCUACUACUCCAAUGUUGACUUCAUUAAGGAUCUGUUCAGUGGUCUUCUGGGGCCUCUAGUGAUAUGCAGGCCCGGGACUCUGCAGCGCGGCCAGGGGCCCGACAGACAGAGGGGUGACGUGGAGAAGGAGUUUGCUCUGCUCUUUAUGGUGCAUGAUGAAAACCAGUCCUGGUACUUUGACGAUAACAUCAAAACAUACCUCGGCGUCGACCCAGAUACCUUUGACAAAUCAGACACAGACUUUGAAGAGAGUAACAUGAUGCACGGGAUCAAUGGUAGGCUGUACGGUAACCUCCAUGGACUGGUGAUGACCAGGGGACAGAAAGUUGACUGGUAUCUUCUGGGCAUGGGAAACGAAGUGGACAUGCACACUGUUCACUUCCACGCUGAGACUUUUACCUACAAGACGGACCGUGUGCACCGUGCAGACGUCUUCGAUCUCUUCCCCGGGACUUUCCAGACUGUGGAGAUGGUUGCCGGGAACCCUGGGACUUGGUUGCUACACUGUCACGUGACUGACCACAUACAUGCUGGCAUGGAGACAACUUUCACCAUCAAAGAAACCUCCUCACGUGAAAUCUCCUCACGUGCGCCAGGAACUGAAGGCUCCACAGAAAUGCUGCUGCUCUCGCUGGCACUUGGUCUCAUGGCUGUAGGUGGACUGCACUAAUGAAGGGACUCCAACACUGUACCACGUGUGUAACCAAAACUGUGCUCAUUAAUGCACCUAAACAAAAAGAUCCAGGGACAAAAUCACUGUUGCAUGUGUCUUUAAGGUCAUGUAUAUAAAUAUCUAGCGAUGAGCAGACCAGUAAAAAUGUAUCAAUGUCUGUACAAUCAUGUAUAAAGUUUAGGAUUUCUUUUUUAAGGACAUAAGGAAGCAUUUUAUAUUUGUGGAUUGUUUCUAUGUUGCUGUUUUCCGACAUGUUGCACUGUGUUUGUUUUUAGUUUUGCAAAGCAUUGCUGUACCAAAAAAUUAAUUCCAGUUAUGAAUGCGCAAUAAAGACCUUGUGUGAUA